UUGUAUUAAGCUACGCUGCUCAGCACGCUCAUCUAUACACAUUUACAGGCAGAAGUCAGAAACAGAGAGAGAGAGAGAAGAAGAAGAAAAACAACAACUUUUUGCCCCUUUCUCAUAAACACGAGGAGAAGAAGAAUUGUUUUUUUUUCUUCUCCAACACUUGAUGAACAUUUUCAAGAAGGUAAUCGCCAUGAACAUUUUCAGGAAGAAGACUACUCCCAAAGAUUUGUUGUGCAAACGCUCAAAAAGGGACACUAAUGCCCUUCGAACCAGCAAGAGAGAAAUGGCUGUGGCUACACGAGGUAUCGAGAGAGAGAUUUCAUCUCUUCAGCUGGAGGAGAAGAGACUAGUUGCAGAAAUCAAGAAAACAGCUAAAACUGGAAACGAGGCGGCGACAAAGAUUUUAGCACGUCAACUAGUUCGAUUGAGGCAACAGAUUACAAACUUACAGGGAAGCCGUGCUCAAAUUAGGGGUGUCACCACUCACACACAGGCUUUGUAUGCCAGCACUUCCAUUUCUUCUGGUAUGAAGGGUGCAACCAAAGCUAUGACUGCAAUGAACAAGCAAAUGGCACCAACGAAACAAGCCAAAGUGAUUAAGGAUUUCCAGAAACAGUCUGCACAGCUAGACAUGACGAUAGAGAUGAUGUCAGAGGCAAUUGAUGAAACACUUGACAAAGAUGAAGCUGAAGAAGAAACAGAAGAUCUCACUAACCAGGUUCUUGAUGAGAUUGGUGUUGGUGUUGCAUCUCAGUUAUCUUCAGCUCCAAAAGGUCGGAUCGCUACAAAAACUGCAGCUCCUCCGGCUACCACUGCAACUACUACCAACAACAACAGCUCUGAAUCAAGUGAAGUAGAUGAGCUUGAGAGGAGGCUGGCUUCACUGAGACGAAUCUGAGAGUCACGUCCUGUCAAGUUUACCAAGGAAUUGCAUGAUCUAUGAAGGAAAGAAAAACAGCUUCCUUUUUUUUGCUUGUAUAAAUCUGCUGAAACUCAUCCUUUGAUAAGGUUUUGUUAAACCAAACGAUUUUAGAAAGAAGUUGAAUUACAAACGCUUUUUUUGAAUACAAAAUCUCUGUUAAAGACUUGUAUUAUUGUUAUGCAAUUUAAAUAGAAAACCCUCUGUUCAGAAAAAAAUAAUAUGAUAUAUAUACAUCCUGGUUCGCGUA